AUGAAGUUUGCUGGAGUCAUCGCUUCUGUGGGUCUGAUGGCCGUAGCUGCUGCUGGUACGUGCAAGCACUCUCGGUUCACUUCCCCGCCGUCGAUGCGUCCCGCUCCGUCGGAAGCCGACUCGCUCUCUUCGUCGUCGUCGGGCACCUCGGCCAAGAUCCCCGGGAGCGAUUCAUCUUCGGGAAGCGAGUCGUUCUCCGCAAGCGAGUCAGGAUCUUCAUCGGCCUCAGGUAGCUCGAUUUCAGCCUCUACGUCGUCUUCAUCGUCGGGGACAAAUUCGACAGCCGCUCCAUCCUCCACAUCGGGGUCAUCAAGCCUAUCAGGCUUCGCGCGCUUCUUCGAUCAGGAGAGGUUCCGAUCCAUGUUCCCGGAUGCUGUGUCGCUCUACAACUUUGGCGGUCUCGUCAAUGCCGCGAGCAAGUACACAGCGUUCGCCAAUACGGGCAACGACGACAACGAUAAGCGCGAGUUGGCAGCGUUCCUUGCCCAGACGGCUCAUGAGAGCGAUAGCUUCAAGGCGGCGGAGGAGUACGCCUGGAACACGUACAGCGUCUGGCAGUACUGCGACAGCAGCGUCAUUACGUGCGCGCCAGGGAGUCGCUACCACGGCCGUGGCCCCAUCCAGCUCUCUUGGAACUACAAUUACGACCAAGCAGGCAAAGCUCUGGGCCUUGACCUCCUCAACAACCCAGAUAUCGUCGCAAGCAACACCGAUGUAGCCUGGAUGACGGCACUUUGGUACUGGAUGACCCCGCAGGGCAGUCAUUCGAUCCACGACGUCGUGGCGGACACGAAUGGCUUUGCCCAAGCUACCAAGAUCAUCAACGGCGCUCUUGAAUGUGGACCAAGUGCCCCCAACAAGGCGAGCGAGCAGCACCGCAUCGAGUACUACACCAAAAUGUGCGAGACGCUACAUGUGCAGCCCCUGGGGAGCUCCUCCUGCAAUGCCUAG